AUCCUCAUCUCCCCAUCUCUCGUCCCCAUCUCAACUCCCGUCCACACCAUCCAUCCACUCCUUUUCACCACCCACCAUGCCAGCACCGCAGAUGAUGGGCAUAUACCCCUCGGAAUCCAUCCAGGAAGUCGCACAGUCGCUCCCGCUCGACCCCCUUGGACCCGGUGCUGCGACACUCCUCGCAGGCGACGUCGAGUACAGACUCCAUCUCAUACUCCAGGAAGCGAAAAAGUUCAUGGUCCAUGCCAAGAGGUCGACGUUGAUGCCUGAAGAUGUAGAGCAUGCUUUGGAAGCUCUCAACGUCGAGCCGAUCCUCAUCCCGCCUCGUCCACUGGCACUCCCGUCGUUCCAUCCCCUCAACUUACCCCCUCCCGCAGCAAACAUGCCUCCACAGACAAUAUACACCACCACAGACGACGAGAUCGACUUUGCGUCAUACCUGAAAGAACCCCUGCCGGCGGGUAUCGCAAGCUCAGCAGGUGUAAAGUGGAAAGCUCACUGGUUGGCUGUCGAAGGCGUGCAGCCCGCCGUACCCGAAAACCCUGCACCUUCUUCGAUACAUGCAGGAGCAGGAGGAGGAGCGCAGCGAGUGAAAGGCGCUCCCGCACCAGCGAGCACGACGCUGAAACCCUCUGCCCGGGCCCACCUUCCUCAAGAACUUCAACUAUACUUUACCCGCCUCACUACCGCCCUCGUCCCCCCCACCGCGACAUUACCAGAGAGCGAGCCGGAACGGCACCGUCUGGCAGCGCUCGCGUCUUUGCGCAACGAUGUGGCCGUCGCAGGGAUGUUGGUGUACGUGGUGAAAUGGUUAUGUGAGAGUAUACAAAAGUGUUUGAUGGCGCCGACAGCGAGUAUUGGGCAUCUGGUAGAUGCUGUCGGGGCGCUAUUGGCGAACGAGGGUUUGUUCAUCGAACCAUACAUGCAUCAGCUCCUCCCUCCCCUCCUCUCUAUCAUCCUCACCGUCCCUCUCGGGCCCCACCCACCUCAGCCCGCCUCCUCCUCCCAACCAUCCCCUACCGAAAUCCGUUCCCGCGCAUCCGACGUCCUCUCCAAAAUCGCUUCCACCUACUCGCCCUCUUACCCCGGCCUCAUCCCCCGACUCGUGUCAACCCUCACGAAAGCCCUCCAUUCCCCGCCAUUCCCCUCGCCUUUGGGCGCGGCGAACCCCCCGACGGGGAGGUAUGAAGGUGCGAUCUUGGGUCUGGGCGGGUUGGGACCGCAAGCGGUCAGAGUAGGGAUAUGGGGGGAAAAAGGGGAGGGAGUGAAGAGGAUCGAUGAGUUGGCCGGGAGGCUUUAUAGUGAAGCUGGGAAAAGGAAGAAUCCGCUUGUACGAGCUACUAUCAAAGCCCUCGCCCAAAUAAUCCCCCCGAAACCAAGCAACACUCCAACCCCAUCCCUCAACGUCGAACAAGUCACAGAAAUGUUUGGACCCAACAUUGCAGCAGGGCUGAGUAAAAAGGGAUGGACGGCUAGCGAGAUGGUGAGGAUGAGGGAGGAGGAAUUGAUGAGAGCUGGUUCUUCAGACGUCAGUGAGAAUGAAAGGAUUGGAGUUGAUGGUGAAAGGCAGCUUAGAGAGGCUGGGCAGGGCGGGGAGGUGGAGGACGAGAAGAUGGAGGUCGAUACGCCUGUAGUUUAAGAGUGUAUGAACGAUGAGGAAAAGCGAAAUGCGAAGAGGGAAGCGGGGGAGCGAGGGAGCGAGGAGCGGAAAAAGUUGUACCUAUAGGUCCAUCACAGUGGAAUGGAUCAUACUCAUAUACGGCUCAACAUGGUCCAUGGACAAAGUCUUAACCCUGAAGGCUAGGACUAAAUGCUCUGUCUAUGGGUCACAAUUCCAAAGGUAAAGCAACAAAUCGUCUUAUACGCAUCCAUGUAUCAUAAAGCAAAUUUAAUCUCUCGAUAAGUAAUCAUAAACCCCGCGAUAAUGGCGACAGAUAAACUCUUAGCGCUGGCUGACACUAUUACCUUGUUCGCUGGCCCAGCUCCGAGUGGCGGCACUAAUGAGACGAGAAGCCGUACGAGCAAUAGUCUCUUCUUCUACGCCAGCUUGGAGCUGCUCCUCCGACCAAUCAGGGUGUUUCGCGCUCAACUCUGUGAAAACUUAGUUCGUGAGCUUGACGGUAUCUUUCAUAGAUUGCUCAACGAUAGACUUCCUUUCCUCGGCGGUCCACUCUGGAUGUUCCACUGCAAUUGUUCGGUCGAGCGAUCUACAUUGCUCCACGAUCCAGUCUUUAUCGGGCUGUUGAGAACCUACUAUGGGCUUGGUGGAUUGCUGGGAAUGCGCUCAUCUUAUUGAGUGGUGGUAAUGAAUGCGUGUUUGAAAGAUGAGAAAAUGUGGACGGGUCAUGCGCUGCCCCAGGUUAUAUGAAAGGUUUGGGAUUGGCAUUUGCUAGACAAUAUUGAGGGUAGGGCCUGGCCUUUCCCUAAAGAUAAAAGAAAGAGGUCAAAGGGAAGAAAAAAAAAGUUCUUCUUGUCGUCCGAAUUGCUGUAGCGAGUGUACAGCAAAGAUCCUCCCUUGGGCCAACUUGAAGGUGUUUGGAUUUUUGGCAGAAGAGAACGGAUUGAUUGGAAGGGCCAAAUGAUGAAGGAGGAUAAAAUCAUAACGUUUGCUGACUUCCACCACCGUUUAUUCAAAGACAGGCGGGGAUCUCGUCAUGCUGGC